AACCUAUGAUGUGAUGAUUGAACACGAUACACUUUGUUUUGUUUCUGAUUAUUGUAUAAUCUUGUACUUUUAAGGUGUAAUGAUAGUUAGAAGUUUUCUUACGAUUAAAAGUUUAACGCACAUUCCACUGCUUAGUUUUAAAAUGGCAAAAAGUUCAUUUGAAUACGUCAAAAAGUUUGAACUAGAUGACACCCUUUUGCCUAACAGCUGGAUAGUUGUAAGACUUGAUGGUAAAUGUUUUCACAAAUUCUCAGAAGAUCAUAAAUUUUCAAAACCGAACGACAUAAGAGCUUUAAGAUUGAUGAAUUACGCCGCAUUCACAGUUCUUCGUGAGUUCAAUGAUUUAUUAAUGGCUUUUGGACAAAGUGAUGAAUACUCUUUUAUUUUCAAAAAAAAUACAACAUUGUAUAAGAGACGCGCUGCAAAAUUAUUGACUACUAUAAAUAGCAAAUUUACUGCCUGUUACGUGUACCAUUGGAGAAAGUUUUUUGAUGAGGAACCAUUAAAAUACCCACCAACAUUUGAUGGUCGUGUGGUACUUUAUCCUAAUGAUGAGAAUCUAAUAGAUUACAUGAAGUGGCGACAAGCUGAUGUGCACAUCAAUAAUUUAUAUAACACUACUUUUUGGACAUUAGUUUUGAAAGGAAACUUAAGUCCCUCACAGGCUGAAAAACGUUUAUGCGGUACUGUAUCUGCUGAUAAAAAUGAAAUCUUAUUUAAAGAAUUCCAAAUUAAUUAUAACAAUGAACCAGAGAUGUUUAAAAGAGGUACAUUGUUGUUAAGGAAAACCAUUUUCCACACAAAUUUAGAUAAGCAUAGCAAUGUUAUAGUAGAUACUCAUGAUGAUAUGUUGAAAGAUAGAUUUUGGAAGGAGCACUCAAGCUUACUCUUAAGCAAGUCUAAAGAAAGUAUUAUGUAUGAUGGUCCUAUCACUGAUAUUAUUGCAGAACAAACAAAUUGUAUUAAAGAAUAAAACAAAUCUA